AUGCCCUCCCCCUCUGACUCCAGCAGUGUGGCGUCGGGGUCCAGAGGGUGGUCGGACAGCCGAAGGGGCAUGUCGGCGCGGGGCAGUGCUCGUCUGCUGCUCUACCUGGGAUUGUGCCACCUGGGUCUAGGCGCUAUGGUGUUGGCCUUCUCCUUCACCAGUAUGGCCUUCACCUCCUCGGCUCGCGUCAGGCAGUCCUGUCCCUUCUGGGCGGGCUUCUUUGUGGUUGCAUCAGGAAUUGUUGGGAUCAUCUCUUGGAGGAGACCGUUGACUUUAGUGGUGUCUCUGUUCAUGCUGCUGUCUGCAGUCUGUGUGAUCCUGAGUCUCGCGGGCUCCAUGCUCUCCUGUCAGAACGCACAGAUGGUCAAGAACAUGCUCACCUGUCAGGUGGAGAACGGUCUGUGUGUCUGCUGUGCCCCCACUCACUCCUGCUCCAUCACAGAAGAAGAGACCCUGGUCCUGUAUCUGAACGCAGACUGCCACUCAGUGCGACAUCAGCUCAAAGACCUUUUGUUCAGUGCGUGUGGCCUCAGCAUCCUCUCCACCAUCAUCUGUACUCUCUCCACUGUCACCUGCAGCAUUCACAUAUUCUCCCUGGACCUUGUGCACCUGCUGGCUCCACAUCGCACUCGUUCUGUCAACCCAGAAUGCACCACUCCACAGGACGCCUUUCUCACUAACAUCAUGGACUUUGAGGAGUUUGUCCCACCAAUCCCCCCUCCCCCGUACUAUCCUCCCGAAUACACCUGCAGCUCAGAGACAGACGCACAAAGCAUCACUUAUAAUGGGUCUAUGGAGAGUCCAGUUCCUCUUUACCCCACGGACUGCCCUCCUCCUUAUGAAGCUGUGAUGGGACAGAGAGCUGCCAGCCAGGGAACUAUGUUUGAUGCGAAUGGAGCUGAGGUUUCUGGAGAGCGGGCAACAUCCACAGCUUUUAGUGGUGAAGUGUCUAUGGACAGUGGAUCCCUGCUUAUGUCUGAGAUUGUGGACAUCCCAGACGACUCCUCCCCCUCAGAGGACUCCUGUCUGAUGGAGGUGGGCUUGAGGCCCCAGGGGGAGCGAGGGGUGAGGAGCACCAGUGAGGGGGACACGGGCGAGGGCAGCACCUACAUCAGCUUCCGUGGACCCCCAUCCCAAACACCAGAGAGCCCACUGGCAGGAGGGCCCAGAGCGAGAAGGUUCCUGAGGUCAGAGAGAUCCAACUCAUGUUCCUCCCCCAGCACAGCCACCAUUACAUACAGGUCCCCAGUAUCGCGCCGUCAGGCUUUGUUAACCAGCAGCUGCUCCCAGUUGGAGGCGAUGGCUGCCUCUAUGGGUCCUCAUCAGUCUACUGUCCCAGAGAUCCAAGUCCGGCCCUCUACUCCCUCCACCCAGGGAGCAGGACCAACCCCAUCUCCAGCGGACAGUAGACAGACCUCCCAAAGCCAGGGGGCAGUUCAAAACCUUCCCCUGUACUUGAGGCGGAGAGCGGGGAAAGGCGAUGGAGGGAGAAGGAGAGAAAACGACACUUUCCUUGGUCUGGUGAGGUCUCAUAGUGAACCUGGCAUCGCCUCUUCUACAGAUACAGUUGAUUUUGGAUCUGGAAGCAGUAAGGAGGCUUUCCUCACAUCGACUGACACAGCUCCAGGAUCUGAAGCCUGUCUGUUGCCUCGUGUUCCUCCCACUGCUGCUGCUCUGCCCCGAAAAGGCAGCGUCAAAGCCGUGUCGACAGGAGGACAUGUACCCGCUAAACCCUCACCCACCUCCCCACGACGCCUGCCCAAAGACUGCCACCGGUCUCUAGGGGAUCUUAAGGUGACUCGAGUUUUGAUGGCUCGCUUUCUUCAACGCUCUAAACGUAACUUAGCGCCUUCUACUGAGCAUGCGGUAAAUAACACACAAGGCCCAAAGAGGAGGGGAGGGUCUGAAGGAAAUGGCCCGAACCAUGGUCCUCCAGAGCAGGUGUUGAGAGCCCCUUGGAACACCACCCGAGUUCAUCCUAACCAGCGUCAGUCUCAUCAUCGCGGACACCACCACUCCCACAGCGACAGUCGACACAACCGCUCCCACAGCAGCCACGUCCCCGAGGGAAUUCACCUGCGCAGCUGCGGAGACCUGAGCUCCUCCUCUUUUGCAUCGCUACGGCGACUAGUGACUCCUCAUGGGUCGUCUGGAGCGUUGUACUCGGAGUCUGCACUGUGAACAUGAAGGGGAGGCGAGAGACAAGUUUCAAUGGAAGGACAUAAAACUGAUGCCUCCCCCUGUCUGUUCAUUUUCUAAGCUAACAGCCUUAUGAAGUGGUGCUUUCAUUACAAACUGAGUCACUGGAUGUACACAUCAGAGAAUUCCACUCACUGGUCAUUCGUCACUGGAUGAAGACAAACUAGAAGAAACUUAUGUGUUAUAUCUUACCAGCCUCUUAAGUCUUUAAUCUGCAAACUCUAACAAUACUUGUGUAU